CAUACGCAAUCCUUACCAUUUUUGACAUUCAACGCUUCGUCUUCGGUCUUUCCCAUUCUCCAUUGCCCCGCCGGAAGGCGCCAAUCGAUCCGAAACUACGAAAAUGGCAAUGCAAACCGGAGUUAGCACCUCCAAAGUUCUGAUCCUCGUCGGAGCAGGUCUGACUAGUUCUGUUAUCUUGAGAAGUGGAAAGCUUUCUGAUGUAAUAUCAGAGCUUCAGGAGUUGAUGAAAGGUGUUAAUGAAGUUGAAAUCACACCUGGAAAGUAUGAUAGUGCAGCUCUUGCAGCUCAGAUUCGACAAUUGGCACAAGAGAUUCGCGAGUUGUCCCUCUCACGUCCUGUUACAAUCUUUAAUGGAAAUUCUACUUCUAGUGGGGGUUACUCAUCUUAUUUGAUGCCAGCUGCAGCCCUUGGAGCAAUGGGGUAUUGUUAUAUGUGGUGGAAAGGUUUGUCUUUGUCUGAUGUUAUGUUUGUAACCAAGAACAAUAUGGCAAAUGCUGUGUCCACAGUUUCAAAACAGUUAGAGAAUGUAUCUGAUGCAUUAGCUUCUACAAAGAGACAUUUAUCAAAGAGACUUGAAAACUUGGACUGGAAAUUAGAUGAACAGAAGGAAAUAAGUACACUUAUUUCAAAUGAUGUAAAUGAUGUAAGGUCGAAUCUUAAUCAAAUAGGUUAUGACAUUGAUAUGAUCCAUCAAAUGGUGGCUGGACUUGAAGGAAAAAUAGACCUUAUUGAAGGAAAGCAGGAUGUGACAAAUUCAGGGUUAUACUAUUUAUGUCAAGUGGCUGGAGGAAUCAAAGAUGGGAUAAAUGCUAAGCUUUUUCAGGAUAUUGAAGCUAAGCUUGGAGAACAAUCAAAAAUCACAUUUGAGGACACUUCUUUAAAGGGACUUCAGUUUCUUACAGAAUCAAAUGAUUUGGAUCCAAAAAAGAAUGCAAUUUUGAAUAAAACAAACACAAAAAAGGUGAAGAAAGAUAAUGAAAAUAAUUCAAAGUCAAGAUUUCACAGGACAUAUCCAGUGGGGUUGUCAUUUGCGAAAGAUAUGAUUGGCUAAAGGGUUGUGAAAUUAUUUCAUUUUUUUUGUUGUGAUUUAUAAAUUUUGACAAAAAAUAUUGGUUAAUUGUAAUAUGAAAUGUGAAUAAUAGCAAACAUGGUGGUAUGAUCCGCUGCCUAUGAAGUUUGAAAUGUGAAAUUGGAAAUAUAGAUUGUAAAAAUCCAAGUGGUUUUAUGUGA